AUGGACCUCGUCACCGACCUCUGCCAGCGCUUUGGCGUCCAAACGCCAUCGCCCGACAAGCUCGCCCUCGCACUCACCUCCGCUUUUGUCGCCCUGACCAUCCCGUUCGUCUUCCUCUUCCACUUUUCCUCUCGCCCCCGCACCCAAAACAUCCCCAUCUACCGGGAACGAGUCCUCAUCCUCGGUGCAUCAAACGAGAGCAGCGUCGGCGAGGCGCUCGCGCUCCAAUACGCACGCAGAGGCUGCCGCGACCUCGUCCUCGUCGCCCGCAACGACCAGGGCCUCGAGAGGGUCAAGCAAAAGUGCAUCCUGCAAGCCCAGGAGGGCGAGGAGUGGGAGCAGAGCGAGGAGGCGCCCGGAGAAGAGGCAAAACAGGCCAUGGCAACCCGCUUCCACACCUUCAAGGCCGACUGCACCGAUCCAAACGACGUCGACCGCCUCCGCAAGUACGUCGCCGCAAACCUAAAGGGUCUGGACACGCUCCACAUCUGCUUCGGCGUUUCGGCACUGCUGCCCCUCCUCGGUGUGGCGGGCGUCGACCCCAUCCGCCCCUCAAAGGCAGGGGGCGAAGCGGUCAGCAGGUCGGUCAACCCGGACCGGGUCGGCCUGGAAGCCGUCGCCGCCGCCGUCUCAAAAGCAUCGCACGUCAACGUCGUGGGCACGGCCAUCUGCCUGGCCGCCUUCACCCCGAUGCUGCAGACUACCUCGUCCCAUCCGGCCAUCGCCCUCACCUGUUCCGCAGCCGCCCUCGUCCCAGCCCCGACGCGCUCGAUCUACGCGUCGACAAAGGCCGGACAACUCGCCCUCUUCCGCUCCUUUGCCAUCGAGUGCCUCGCCCACGCCUCGCACCCUGCCGCUGCCGCCGAGGGCGGUAAGGGCAGGCGCAAAGUCAACUUCCUCGCCAUCUGCCCGGGAACCAUCUCGAGCUCGUUCCGACACUCGGCCGUCGAUCUGGCCCCGUCGACCUCGGACGGCACAAAGGGCGGCACCGACAUGCCCGAGGACCUCGCCUGGGUCAAGGGCGAAAAGAUGCUCAGCGCCAAGGACGUAGCGGACAAGACCAUCUUCAAGGUCGACCGGUACGCCACCGGCACCGUCACUAUGCCCGCCCUCUACGAGGCCGCCACCUGGAUUGACAAGGUCUACCCGGCCUAUGUCCAGAGGAUGGCGAGAAAGAAGUAUGCCUACUGA